GUCCAAGCGCAACAAACUACAUCCACCGUCUACCUUCUCAAUCUUAUUUAGAUAACUGAGGGCAAUGUCUUCAAGUCCAUCACCAUCGUCCCAAAUGGCUUUCGCAAUGUCGUCUGCUCAAGCGAGCACAGCAGCUUCUUCACCUCCCCCGAGUGAAGAAGAACUAUUAAUUAGACCGGGGAAGAGUACUGGUACACGCGAGUCUUCAGAGAUAGUUGAGUCCAUAGAAGAUGAGGAAUUCCGAGAACGCUUUGCUAGGCUCGAACGCCUCCUCGAAAAAUCAUUCACCUACUCUAAACUCCUAGGAGACCAGAUGGACAAGGAAAAACGCGCGCUGGCACUCCGAGCAGCUAUGCAAGCUGCUGCACCUUCCAAAUCAAAACCCGAGUCUACACGAAAACGUCUUCCAAAGCGGGGCAAGAAACGCACACGCGUCGAGGAAUCAGACGAGGAAGAGGUACUUCCAGUGAAGCAACAGAUUGCGGAGGUUAGUGUGGUUGAGGGGGAGGGGGAGAAUAGCCCACGUCCGAAGUUCCCUCAGCCUGCGUUGGUUACUGGAGCGACGUUGAAGGAUUAUCAGCUGGAGGGCGUGGAGUGGAUGGUUAGUUUGGAUAAGAAUGGUGUUUCUGGGAUUCUUGCGGAUGAGAUGGGUCUAGGCAAGACUCUGCAAACCAUCGCGUUCAAUGCACACCUACGCGGGCUGGGCCAUUACCAGCCCUUCCUGAUCGUCUGCCCCCUGAGUGUCCUGCAUAACUGGAUAGAGGAAUUUCAGAAAUUUGCGCCUGCUAUACCCGUUGUCAUGUAUCACGGCACUCCAGCCGAGCGUGCUGACCUCCGCCGAACCAUCAUGCGAGCACCGGACGCUUCAGAACUGACCGACGAAGACGUCAUGGUCAAGAAGCAACGCAAUGAAAAGGGAAAAGGCAAGAAAGCACCCCCUCGCAAACCGCCCGCCCGCAAAGCUCCUGCGCCGAAGCGUAAAUCAACGAGCAGACUCGCCAAAAGGCGCAAGACAUCCACGAAUGAGGAAGACAGCAUAUAUGCAGACGAAGGCGAAGAUACCUCGGAAAUCGAAGACGAUACCCAUAUACCCAUCACAAGCGAUACCCUCCCUCCACAGACCCGGGCUUCGUUCCCAGUUGUCAUCACCACCUAUGAAAUGAUUCUCAAAGACCGCAUACAUCUUUCCGCAUACAACUGGGGUUACAUCGUUGUAGAUGAGGGGCAUAGGUUGAAAAACCUCGACUGUAAGCUCAUGCAGGAGAUUAAGAAAUACCCAAGCGCUGGUAGGAUGAUUUUGACUGGAACACCAUUACAUAAUAAUUUGGCAGAGCUGUGGUCUUUGUUGAAUUUUAUAUUACCUGAUAUUUUCGACGACCUGGAUACGUUCCAGGAAUGGUUCAACCUCGGAACGAUGCAAUCUCGUCUCUCUCACGAGCAGUCAUCUCAGUUGAUUGGAACUCUUCAUGGGAUCUUGAAACCUUUCCUUCUGCGACGGCUCAAGGCGGAUGUCGAAGGCCUCCUCCCGCCAAAGAAGGAAUAUGUCUUAUAUGCACCGCUAAGCAUGCGUCAACGCGACUUGUACGAUAAUAUCUUGGACGGAUCAUUACGCAGCUUCCUCCUUGGCGUCUCCAAAGACGCACCAGCCGAGAAAGUCGAGACGGUGGAUCUGGAUGCGCCGAUGAAGCUUCGGAAGCAGAAAAAGCGACGGUAUGACUGUGAUGGAGAUGAUGAUGAGUAUUUUGAGAUGCUCGAGGACGGGGGAGUAGCGAAGGUCAAGGGGUCGAUGGAGGAUGUUUCUGAGCUGGGGAAACAGCAUCAGCAGCUUGCGACUCGCAAGCAGAUUAAUAAUAUGAAACUUCAGAACGCUGUGAUGCAGCUACGCAAGGUCUGCUCGCACCCAUUUUUGUUCAACUGGCCUAUCGUACCAGGGACGCAGGAGCUUGUGCUCGAUGAGCAGCUGGUUGAUGCGAGUGGGAAAAUGAUGAUCCUUGAUCGGUUGCUAGACGAACUGUUCCGCAGGAAACACAAGGUCUUGUUAUUCAGUCAAUUUACCACUAUGCUGGACGUCCUUGAGGACUGGGCUACAGAACUGAAAGGCUGGUCGAUAUGCCGCAUCGAUGGCUCAACAGCCCCCCUGGAACGCCGCGAACAAAUGAACAAAUUCCAACAACCCAACCCCUCCCCCAACGCUCCAAAGCUCUUCCUCCUCAGCACACGCGCAGGCGGGCUAGGCAUUAACCUAACAGCAGCUGACACCGUCAUCUUCUACGAUCAAGACUGGAACCCACAGAUAGACAUUCAAGCUCAAGACCGCGCACAUCGGAUCGGUCAGACGAAACCUGUUUUGGUGUUCAGGCUUGUUACGGCACAUACUGUUGAGACGAGGAUUAUGCAUCGGGCUACGGAGAAGAGGAAACUUGAGGCGCUUGUUAUUGCCAAGGGGAAAUUUAAACUCCCUGGACAAUCUGGAGCACCAGCCAUGCAGUCCAUGACAGAGCUCGCCGCUGACCUUUUGAAGCUUGAAGGAGAGAAAAUCGACGUGGUGACCAAUACGUCUGUGGAGGGUAAAAAGCGCGUCUUAUCCGACGAAGACCUCGAUAUGUUGCUCGAUCGGAGCGAGGCUGUGUUUACGAAUCGGAAGAAGGGAUGGAAGAGCGAGGAGGGCGGGGAUGGGAAACGUGCGGCGUUUGCUGUGUAUGAGGCGCCUGUGUGUGAAGGGAAUGAGUUGGUUGCGAAGAUUAUGGGGGAGGAUGUUGAUUGUUGAGUGUUUAGCUGAGGUUGGGUGUGCAUGUGCAUGUCGAUUACUAUGUUGAUAAUAGUGCUAUAAUGUUUACUUAUUUUAUAGUACAUGGACGCUUGGUGCUCAGCGGCCAUUUCUUGCGAGUAGAUCAUCCAGUGAAUACUAUUCACCUUCCCACUACUGGUAAGUAAGGUAUGAACAAACUUGACACAUAAUUUCUCGUCGUCUGCUGUUUUGGCGAUGAAGAGCAGUUGAAAGCGAUUCGUCUGAGAUUCAUAAGUGAAAGAUUGGUUCGAGCGCGUGGUCAUGCGUUUCUAUGAGCAUGCGUACGGAUAUUCGAGUGUGUAAGUAGGAGACGGGGUAGGGGAUGUCAGCCCCUCGUAGCUUCACUUCAAUAACUCUAUAG